AAUAAUUGAGCUGUCAAGUAAGUUAGACGAUGUUGACAAAAUAUUUGUUGAGUUUAAUAUUCAUCAUAGUCCAAGUUUAUUCAAUCCAAGACUAUCGACAAUUAGUAGACCUUCAUGAAUGGUAUGAAGUCAAGAAAGAUACUUUGGAGAUACAACAGAAAUCGUCAGCAAACGAUGAUAAUUGUGAUCAGGAUUUGUUAUCAUUCCAACAAGGCUUAGAAAGAAAUGAGCCAUGGGCAGUUAUAUUUGCUGAUACUUGGGCUAAAAUUCAAGCUGGAUAUUUAAGUGGUAAUACAAUAAACAUUGGUGAUUUUGAUAGUUGUGUGAAAUUUGAACAUCCAAUAACAUCGAGUAGAAUUUAUAAAGGUCAACAUUGUUUAGUGGGCAUAUCAGCACUAUCUAAUUCUACACUUGAAGCUGAUAGGACUGAUCUAAGUUUGAAACAUUUAGCCAAAUUCUUCAAAUCUAAUGGCAUUGUCUCAACAAAUGGAUUUUGCAUGCCAGCAUCAUGUUCAGUGGCUAAAAUUAUUCAGUUUCUAAAUCAAAAUAUUUUAAAUGAAAAUGAUUUGGGUGCUGUAGGUGCACAAUGUAGAGAUAUGAGUGUCCAUCUUGAACCAUUGGACUACUUUGCAAUCGUUCUUUUUUCAUUAUUUGCUUUACUAAUUAUUGCAAGUACAACUUAUGAAUUAAUUAUACUAAAGUCUAAACAUUCUGAACCAAAUAAGCUACUCGCAUCAUUCUCUGUCUACAGUAAUGGAUACAAACUUUUUGAAAUAACAAAAAUAAAAUCACCAAGUUCCAUUAAUUGCCUUCAUGGAUUAAGGGCUAUGUCCAUUUUCUGGAUUAUAUUAGGCCAUCGAAUCACCAAUCAAUAUCCAUGGGGAAAUCCAAAGGACUUUCAAGCAUUCAUAUUGGGAAAGUCAAUUGCAACAGGAAUCAUAAAUGCCCAUACUUUGGCUGUUGAUACAUUUUUUGUUAUGGGAGCUUUACUCAUGACCUGGUCAACAUUAAAAGAUUGUGAGAAGAAGCAAUUAAAUAUUCCAAGAAUGAUCUGGAGAAGAUAUAUACGUUACACGCCAGUUUAUUCAGCACUCAUCCUUGCUGUUGUUUCAUUUUCAAAAGUAAUACUUCAAGGGCCAUUUUAUAUAGAGGAAUUGAGAGCAUCUUGUGUGAAAAACUGGUGGAUGACAUUACUUCAUGUCCUAAACUAUCUUCAACAAAAAGAUAUGUGUCUUAAUCAUGGAUGGUACUUGAGUGCUGAUUUUCAACUCUUUAUUAUUUCUCCUUUUAUAAUUCUUAUGAUUCAUAAGUAUGGAAAGAAGUUUCUUUUGAUUCCUGCUGUUUUGUUCCUAGCAACAAUAAUCUACAUAAUAUCAAUUUCGAUGGUUUUGGAUAUUGCUAUGCCAGCACCAUCAGCAAGUCAAAAUUAUGUAGACUUUAUUUAUUUUCCUACACAUUCACGAGCUGGUCCGUGGUUUGUAGGAAUAAUUCUUGGAUAUUAUCUUUUCACAAUCCAAAGAAAGAAAGUUGACAUUAACAAAUUUCUCAAUGGAUUUAUGUGGAUAUUUACCUUGACUGUGCUGUUUUCUAUUGUAUUUUUACAACUUGGUUUCUCGAGUUCCACAGAUGUAAUUCAAAGAGGAUAUCACAUUACAUUCCUAGCUUUACACAGAAAUCUUUGGGCUAUUGCUCUAUGUUGGAUAAUAUUUGCAUGCCAAAAUUUGAAAACAGGAGGAAUCAUAAGAUGGUUCUUAUCACUUCCACAAUGGCAACCUAUUAGCCGAAUGGGGUUAAGCAUGUACUUAAUUGGAGCUGUCUAUCAGGUUAUGUCGAUACUUAACCAGAGAGUGCCACUUUAUUUGAAUUUUUGGCAAUUGGUUCCAAUUUUGCUGAGUGAUGUUUUUAUGAUCAUGAUAUUGUCAACAAUAACAUACUUAGCUUUUGAAGCUCCAACAUUAAUCAUUGAAGAUUAUAUUUAUAAAAAAAUUAAAAAUAAGCCUUAAUAAUCUCUAAAGCUACUGAUGUGCUUGUUGCUUAAUUUUUUUCUACUUUAAGCCACACAUUUGAUAGAAAAACAGUUAGAAAUUGCCAGAAAAAUAAUAAAAUAAAGUUUGUUGUUAUGAGAGUUUUAUGACUUCUGCUACAAGCUCAAUUUAAAAGCUCCCUGAAGGAAACACGAGAAUCGUAAAAGUUUACAAUUUUCUUUGUAUUUAUUUUUUUUAAAUUGCAACAAAUGAAAAUCAAUCCUAGUUUAUUCUUUGAAAUAAAAGCUUUGUAAUAAAAAACAAAGUUGUAAAGCAACGCUUACCGAGGAGAGAAUUAAUACUCUUUUAUUGAUCACUGAUUGUUUUUCGAAUGUUGAACUUUCCAGAAUCCAUAAAAUCUUGUAGAAUUUUUUUUUGUGAAUGUUCGCGUAUGCUUUAUCAUAAAAAAUAUGUUUCUGUGAAUCUUUAUCUUUUUUUAAAAAUACAUUUGCCAUCAAUAUUGAGUUUAAACAACUCUGGUCACAUUGUGAUCUGUUCGAGGAUA